AUGUUUGCUAUUAUUGAAGACUUGUUAAAAUUCAUUGGCUUUGGCGCUCAAAAAAAAAAGGAAGAACAAACAUUAUCUUCACCAAGAGCCACACCUGGUACUAGAAUUUCAGAUAUAUACCUUGACCUUGACGCUGGAAAGCCAAUCGGAAAAUAUUGUGAACAGAAUGAUCAGAAUGAUCCUGAAUUUUGCCGUUUUCUAGAAGGAACUAUUUAUAAAACUCAAGAUAACACUGAAGAUAGAACUGGAGAAGAUAAAGAAGAGAAUACUUUAACUAAUUGA